AUGCAAAUCACUCUGCUGCUAGAGCCUCAUUGGCCGCUUGUGGCUCAUUUAACCGCUGUCAGUGCGCAUCAUAUGGCCGCCGCUUUAACCAACUUCUCAACUCCGACAGGGAAAGUAGCUCAAUGCGCAUUCUAUCACAGUGGAUGUGAACCAACCCAUGCGAAGACUGGGUGAAAUACUGUUUGAGGAACAUUUUAUAUCCUUUUUCGGAUUAUUUUUUAUCUCGUAUUUGAAUCAUUUGGGUUUAGAAUUUUAAUUUUGCAACCAAGUCAUCCUGUGCACACCCGAUCUUGUGCGCGCCUAUCUUGAAAUAUACUUUUUCUCUGUUGGUGGCGAAGUUUAAAAUCAGGUGAAUGUAUAGCAUGAUGAUGGAAACUGACCUCCAUUCCCCUGGCCCCCAAACGAACACUACCACGGGGCAAACGGGGCCGAACAGCGGGUCCAAAGCGAAUCAGGAACGGGUGAAGAGACCGAUGAACGCGUUCAUGGUGUGGUCCCGUGGGCAGCGGAGAAAGAUGGCACAGGAGAACCCCAAAAUGCACAACUCAGAGAUCAGCAAACGGCUGGGCGCCGAGUGGAAGGUGAUGUCCGAGGCUGAGAAGCGCCCUUUCAUCGACGAGGCGAAACGGUUGCGAGCUAUGCACAUGAAGGAGCAUCCGGAUUACAAGUACCGGCCAAGACGGAAGACCAAGACGCUGCUGAAAAAGGACAAAUAUUCCCUUGCCGGUGGACUGCUUUCUGGCCCCAGUGGGGGCGGUGGAGUUGGUUUAGGGGUCGGAAUGAGUUCAUCCGGGGUCGGGCAGAGGUUAGAGAGCCCCGUGGGUCACGUAGGCUCCGCCAGCUCCGGCUAUGCGCACAUGAACGGCUGGGCGAACGGUGCGUACUCGGGGCAGGUGGCUGCAGCCGCGGCGGCGGCAGCGAUGAUGCAGGAGGCUCAGCUAGCCUACAGCCAGCACCCGGGGAGCGGAGCGCACCACCACCACCACUCACACCACCAUCACUCACACAACCCCCAGCCCAUGCACCGCUACGACAUGACAGCCCUGCAGUACAGCCCCAUCUCGAACUCUCAGGGCUACAUGAACACUUCUCCAUCCGGCUACGGUGGGAUCACCUAUACACAGCACCAGGGCUCCGGCGUCUCCUCCUCAGCUGCCAUGGGGACGUUAGGGUCGCUCGUGAAGUCGGAGCCGAGUAUUUCUCCGUUGUUGGAAUAGCAUCUGCACUGGAACUUUUUGACAAAAGCUUGUUCCACUGCCCCCAAGUGGCCAAAAACUUAUUUAUGCAGCUUUAAGUGGAGUAGCAAAUAGCUGCAGCACCAGAGGCUGCACUUUCAGGACCACAUUUUCAGGAUCACAAUUCUAGGACCCUAACUAGAGGGCGGUUCUUGCAAAGAAAGCGAGUGGGAUUCAUAAUGACGCGACAGGACCGCAUUUCCACCAAAAAUGGAAGAAGAGCACGUCAAGCCAAGUGUGAGUAACAUUAGCUACUGAUUGUGAAUAACGUUAUUUUUAUUUGUUUAACGUUACUGUGAAAACCAUUGGUGUCUUGAAUUGGACAGUAAAGUAACGUUAGCUGUCUAGCCGAAGUGUGAGUGAGUUAACUAACGUAAACAUUCUAUUAAACGUCUUAAAGUUCCUAACGUUACAAUCAUCGUUAGCUUGCUUGCUAACUGUUAGCCCAAAGUAUUUGUUUAAUGAAACGUAACGCUUUAGCUAUCUUUGGUGAGCCCAACUAGGUGUAUUAUAUUACUUGUUAAUUUUAUGACUAUAAUAAUUAAUUAUAGCCAGCACUUUACUUCAAAAGAUAUAAAUGCCUGUCUUCAGUGUACGUGAAUGUUCAUUGUUAUACCUGGGACAGGUAUUUCAGGUUUUUUUACACAAUGCCAUGCAAUCUUAUCAACUAUUCACUAAUAUAAGUUAAGACCUUAAUUAAGAAGUAGUAAUGAAUGCAUCUUUUUUAAGUGUUACCAAUAUGUUUAUAACCCAUCACUGAUUAUGUUGUCCACUUACUAUUUCAGUGAAGUGGAGGAAUUCUGCGGACGAUCGGAAAAACAAAUGAGAAAAGAAGGAAGACCACUCAAUUAAAAGGUAGUGCUCUUAACUUCUUCAUAAUGUGGGUUUCAAUAUUGAAGGGUCAGGAAAAGUCAAAUGUUAAUAAAAUGUCAUUUCUAUUGUUUUCUUGCAUCUCUCUGUCUCUCUCUCUCUCGCAGGAAUCAUUGAGACUUGAAAGUGUUCGAUUAUGUGAAGAACAGAAACGGCAGACAAGAAAUAAUUAAAACUGUCAUUCUCCUAUUUCAUGUGGAAAUUGCCAAAAUUAAAAACUUUUUGACUUAUUUGCUUGCUUUUUUUCUUUG